GAUAGAGAUAUAGUGAGGGUGAAAAAUGGAGGGAAAUGAUUACGUAACGAUAUAAAUAUCUUAGAUUUGAAACACAUUUAAAUGUAAGUCGCAUAAUUCAUUGAAGACACUUGGAAACAAUGAAUGUGUUCGGUUUGACGGAAUAUGUUACGACAUUCGUGCUUGGAGCAGUACUUCUGUUAGCUCUUUAUCUAUAUGGAAGAAGACCAUACUCAUAUUUCAAAGAACUUGGUAUUCCCGGUCCCGAACCUAUUUGUUAUUUGGGAAACUUAAAAGAAAUAGGAAAGCGGGGUAAUGGGUAUGCGUACAAACAUUUCAGAGAAAUAUACGGCAAUCUAUAUGGACUCUUCUUUGGAAGAUUGCCAAUAUGUGUUACAAGUGAUCCGGAGUUUAUCCAAGAAAUUUUAGUCAAACAAUUUUCAAAUUUUACAAACCGAACUGUACUUUUCGGAGAUGAAAUCAGUCAACUCACUCUUCCUCUGACUAAGGAUGAUCACUGGAAAUAUCUCCGGACUGUGUUGACUCCUACUUUUACCUCCCAUCAAAUGAGAAGGAUGAAUACAAUGAUCCAAACAUAUGCUAAUAUACUGGUUGAAAAAUUUGGAAAUCUGGCUGACAAUGGAGAAAUCAGAGAAGUUAAAACGUUGUUUUCUGCCUACACCAUAGAUGUAAUAGCAGCCGCUGGAUUUGGAAUAAUAGUGAACUCACAGAAAAACCCCCAUGACCCUUUGGUUAAAAAGGCCAUUGACUUGUUCAAACUUGGUCUUACUGGCAUCUACAUCUUUAUAGCAGUGCUUUUUCCGAGUACAACGAUACUUUUAGCAAAAUUGAAUUUACUAAAUUCAGUUUUUGGUAACGAAGUACUCUUCAGAAAACUUUGGAAACAACUGAUAGACGAUCGGAAGAAAACCCAAAUGAAUAAUGACAUGCAAAAAAACCUCUUAAAUCUUAUGAUAAAGGCUCAACUAAAGGGUCAUGAGACAUUAUCUCUAGAGGUAGAAAAGGACCUUCAACUGGAAAAUAUAACUGACUGGCGAACUAAAAGAGGAAUUACCGACGAUGAAAUUCUGGCCCAAUGUGUGGUACUUUUCUUAUCUGGUUAUGAAACUACAGCUUCUGCUCUUAGUUUUUUCACGUAUUUAAUGGCAAUUAAUUCUAAAUCUCAACAAAGAUUAUACGAAGAGAUUGUAGAUAGCUUGGGGGAGGAUCUUCCAACUUAUGAUAAUAUUCAGCAAUUACCUUAUCUCAGUAUGUGUUUCGACGAGACAAUGAGGAUGUAUCCCAUUCUAAAUACAGCUGUUCGUCAGUGUAAAAAGACUUGCACGGUAAAAGGUACAAAGAUACCCGAAGGAUUAUCUGUUAGAAUCUCUAUCGAUGCUUUACAUUAUGAUCCGAAAUAUUGGCCAGAACCAGACAAAUUUAUUCCAGAAAGAUUCACUGAAGAAGCAAAAUCUCAGCAAGUACCGUUUAGCUACUUACCAUUUGGUGCAGGACCAAGGGCGUGUCUAGGAAGGAGACUGGCCAAGCUGGAGUUCAAGAUAGCAGCUGUUCAAAUGAUUCGGAAUUUCAAAAUUCUUCCGACGGAGAAGACCGAAAACCCACUCAUGUUCAGCGAUCACUUUCUGUUGGAUGCUAAAAAUGGAGUCUGGGUGAAAUUUGAACGGAGGUGCUGAAAAGGAACUACCAUAAAGCCAAAUCAAUCACUUAUGAAAUUAUAUAAAAAUGAUUUACUGUAUUAUCAUAUAAUAAAAUAACAAAUAUUC